AUGGCCAGCGAUCAAGACCAACAAAGCUCUUCCUUCAGCAUACUUCCAAUACCAUUUCUUUGGGAUGCCUCAUCUAACGGCGACCGACGCAAACACAACGACCCAUUCUGCCCGCGCUGCUCCGCUGAGCCGCCAGCGUUCUGUCACGGUGGUCCGCCAUGUGAGCGGUGCUCUCGGAUGAACCUCUCUGCGCUGCAAUGCCGCAGCUGGGACUUUGAGGCUGUGGAUCUGGCGGGGCGGGAGGCUAGGGAGAUGAACCCCUCAGCAGACGAAGAAUGGCGGCGACGCCCAUACGAACAAGCUAAGGAAGAAUUGCUCGCGGAGCAAGAGCGCGCAGCUACCCAGCCCAACGCUCAGGAAGCGCUCAAUGACUCUUCGGCGAGGAUGCCAGGGCGAGAUCAGGAGACGGAGGCGUCUAGAAGUAGAAGAUCUGCUGGUAGUAGCCCUUCUGCUGCUGCUAGUGGUGAGAGGAUGAAUGCGGGUGUGUCUGAGCAUAGCGGAGGUACUACGGACGUCGACGGUGGAGAUUUAGAGGAUCGUGAGCUUUUGGCUGAGGACCCGGCUGUGUACUGGGAACGAAUGAUAUUCCAGGGCUACGGCCGCGAUUUUGCCGAGCGCUUCACACGCGAAGGGGAGGAGAUGAAUGAAGGGUUCCGACGGCUCGCAGAGCGACAGCAAGCAGCGCCAGCGCCGGAGCUUCCGCGAAUGGGGAGAAGGAUCAGGAGGCAACGCAAGAGCAAGGGUAAGGGUAACAGGUCGGCAAAGUAA